UUGGGUUAUGUGAUCAGAAGUGGAAAGGGUUUUUGCCUUGCAUAAGAACAGCUUACUUCCCUGUGAGGCACCAUUUCAUCAUGAUGACUGAUGUUCCUAUUGUAGCCUAAAUCCCAGAACUCUUAUGCAAUCUCUACUCAGGAUGUUCAGUUCUCCUCCUUUCGAUCACUAUUUCCUGCAGUUAAAGCUCUCUAGCUGGCAUUUUCUGACUGAGGGGGAGCCAUGAAGUUGUAUGACUUGGGGAAGGAGCAGAGAUAACAACAAGCACCCAUCUGUUCUUCUUUUCCAUCCCUUUGGGAUGUCCGGGUGUCCCCUGGUUAGAAUUCUUCUCCAGAUAAGAUAGUGAAGGUGUCACUGUGGGGCAGUCAGGCAAGAAAACAAUAGUGAGUCGGGUCCAAAACAUGAGAUCGAUCAGUAAGUUGACAGUAAGGAGCAGAGCUCCUCUCUGUAGGUCAAGGCUGGAGGCUGUAUCCCACAUCCCUUUGGCUUCUUCCUCUGAUAAAUUUCCAGAACAGCUAUUCUAGUUGCUUUUCAGAAGGCUUGAGGUCAGAAGCUCUGCUGAGUGAAGGCAGCACAGAGGCAUAGUGUGUGCAACGUCUUUCAAGGCUCUGUUAGUUGAGUAUUUACUGUUCCUUGGUUGAGUGGGAUGUUCCAGUACUUGUUUUUCUGUCUCUGCUUCGUUGUCCAGCUGCAGCCAGUAUCUUCAAUGGCCCUGGACCCCUGCUCUGCCUACAUCAGCCUGAAUGAGCCCUGGAGGAACACAGAUCAUCAGAUAAAUGGCUCCCACGGACAGCCCACAUGUGAUAACCAGAUUGAUGGGGAGUGGUACCGCUUCACCGGCAUGGCUGGCGAUGCUAUGCCUACCUUCUGCAUCCCCGAGAACCACUGUGGGACACAUGCUCCCAUCUGGCUGAAUGGCAGCCACCCGCGAGAGUCAGAUGGUGUCGUCUCACGCCAGGCCUGUGCCAGCUUCAAUGGGAACUGCUGCCUUUGGAAUACCACAAUUGAUGUCAAGGCGUGUCCAGGGGGGUACUAUGUCUAUCACUUAACAAAGCCCAGCGUCUGUUUCCAUGCAUACUGUGGGCAUUUUUAUGACAUCUGUGAUGUGGUGGAUUGCCAGGGCUCCUGCCUGGACACCAAUGACUGCACGUGUUCCCUGGGGACAACGCUUGGACCUGAUGGACAGACAUGUCUUGAUGAAAAUGAAUGUGAGCAGGACAACGGAGGCUGCAGCGAAUUCUGUGUUAACCUGAAGAACUCCUUCCGCUGCGAGUGUGGGAUUGGGCGCACGCUGGGAAGUGAUGGAAAAACCUGUGAAGAAAUUGAAGGCUGUCACAAUAACAAUGGAGGCUGCAGCCAUACCUGUAUUGAAGUGGAAGACACGUACCAGUGUGAAUGCCCGAGGGGACUUGUUCUGUCAGAAGACAACCACACCUGCCAAGUUCCAGUGCUCUGCAAAUCCAGCUCUAUUGAGGUGAGCAUCCCAAAGGAUCUGGUUGGAGGCUUGGACCUUUCUCUCAUCAACACUUCCUGCAAAGGAGUAUCCAAUGGCACUCACGUCAACAUCCAUUUCUCCUUGAAGUCCUGUGGAACUGUUGUAGAUGUCAUAAAUGACAAAAUCAUUGCCACCAACCUGGUUACUGGCUUGCCAAAGCAGACUCCGGGGAGCAAUGGGGACAUCAUUGUCCGCACCAGCAAGCUGCUGAUCCCAGUGACCUGUGAGUUCCCACGCCGGUACACAAUCUCUGAAGGUUAUGUGCCCAAUCUCAAGAACUCACCCUUGGAAAUAAUGAGUCGUAACCGAGGCAUCUUCCCCUUCACCCUUGAGAUCUUCAAAGAUAAAGACUUUGAUGAACCCUACAGGGGUGCUCCUCCCACCCUCAAGCUUCGGGACUCUCUGUACUUUGGGAUUGAACCCUUGGUGCAUGUCAAUGGACUGGAGACGCUAGUAGAGAGCUGCUUUGCCACUCCCACCUCCAAAAUCGAUGAGAUCCUGAAGUACUACCUGAUUCAAGAUGGCUGCGUUUCUGAUGAUUCGGUGAAACAGUACACGUCAAAGGACCAUCUUGCCAAGCAUUUCCAGGUUCCUGUGUUCAAGUUUGUGGGCAAAGACAACAAGGAAGUGUUCUUGCACUGCCGCAUCCUUGUGUGCGGGGCGCUGGAUGAGAGCUCCCGCUGCGCCCAGGGCUGCCGGCGGAGGGUGCGCAGGUCGGCUGGGAUGGAGGAGCAGGACGAGCCUGGGAACUUGGCAAACCACCUCUUGACAGGCGGCCCCAUCAGAAUCGACUUCGAUGACUGACACCCAACCCCUGGAACAGCAUCUCUGCCUGAGACCGUUCUUAGCAGUGUCUUCUUUCCUGGUUGUUUGAGAAGCGAGAGGUGUUUGACAAAGCCCCACUUGAACCUCAGGACUUGUUCCCUAGCCCUGCAAUGGUUGGUUGUGAAGUAGGCUUGGCACUUGAGGCAGCCAGCUGAGUGCAAGCCAGACAGCAGAGCGGUUUGGUUUUAGCUCCAUUUGAUUGGUUGAAAGAAUCCUGCUGCUUUGCAGGCUUGAACCGUUAUCCAACUUUGUCUUUCCCUAUAGCCACCCACAGGUUCCAUAGGACUGUUCAUCUUGGGCUCAACAUACUAUUCAAGCCCUUCUUUCAUCAGAUAAUAAAAACAGUAUUAUAGCUGAACAUGUUGGCUAUGAAGUUCUGCGAAUGAUGCUGAAGUUUGUGGAUGUGCUGUGAUUUUGGAUGACCUUUAAUAAAAAUGUAUAAAAAUAUAUAUCCCAUAAUGUGCAAGUUCCUUGGCGCUACUGAACAGUUGUCAUUGCAGGCAGCUUAAACUAGGUCUAUCACAGGCACUUUUGAAGGUUAUUUUUAAGUAGUCAUAGGUAUUUAAUAGUGUUUUUUAAUUGUCUUUUGAUAAUUGCAUGCAGUUUAACAGUGUCUCUUUUAUUUAGCAUAUCGUUUGUUCUUUCUUUCUUUCCUCUCCAUCCCCUCCAACAAUGCGGUGCCUAUUGUAAGUGCUAUAGCACUUCUGUUUGAAGAAAAAGAUCAUUAAAAAUCUAUACACGCCCAC